ACACGUUGGAUGAAGGCAUGCACCAGUAUCGCUGUGCUGCUGCGUGUACGAUACCCAUUUGACAGUAAAGGUUUCGAGCAGACGGUUUAACAUAAAUUGCUGAGGUGAGGUUGUCUUAGCUUUUGUAACACUUUAAUCGUUACGAAAAGGAUUAAUGUAUCUACAAGAAUAUGGGAGACAAGUUCGAGAGAGGCCCCGUCACUCGCAGAAGAAGAAGCACAAUCGCCGGAGCAGCGGCUGCUGCUUUGAAACAAGCGAAUGGAAAGUCUACAGCUGGUAAAAGUAUUGAUGAAGUGAACCCAGACUGCAACAGCAAGUCAUAUGAAAAUGUACAGGACGCGGCGAAGAGGGAGAGAGUGAAACAUGAGAGCCAAUACUAUAGUAAACUGAGUUGUCACAAGCAGCAGGAGUCCUUGCUCAGCUCUGCCAGUGGCUACAGCAACUACAGAGGGAUCCUCAAUUGGUGUGUUGUCAUGCUGGUCUUGGGCAAUGCACGCCUUUUCCUUGAGAACCUCCUGAAAUAUGGUAUACUGGUGGACCCCAUCCAGGUGAUUUCACUGUUCUUGAAGGACCCUUACAGCUGGCCUGCGGCUUGCCUGAUCAUUGUUUCAAAUGUGUUUAUACUGGUGGCUUUACACACAGAGAGAAGGCUAUCCAUGGGCACCUUCAGUGAGCGGUUUGGGGCUUUUGUUCACUUUGUCAACCUGUCGACCGUCCUGUGCUUCCCAAUGUCCACAGUCCUGAUGGUGGACUCUAUGACACCAGUGGGAGGAGUGUUUGCCUUGGGGGUGUACACCAUCCUCUUCCUUAAACUGUUCUCCUACAGAGACGUGAACAAGUGGUGCAGAGAGAUCAGAUACACGAAAGCUCGCUCCCUCCUCAGAUCCCUUUCAUACCCCGCAGUUCAGAGGUCAAGUGGAGCAGUACAGGCCCCGGUGACCUACCCAGGGAACCUCACUCACAGGGAUUUGUACUACUUCAUCUUUGCCCCUACCCUCUGCUAUGAACUGAACUUUCCCCGGUCUCCUCGGAUACGCAAACGUUUCCUACUAAGAAGGCUUUUUGAGAUGCUUUUUUUCAUACAGUUAAUGGUUGGAUUAGUACAGCAGUGGAUGGUGCCCUCCAUUCAGAAUUCAAUGAAGACAUUUCAGGAUAUGGACUACUCCAGAAUGAUCGAACGCCUCCUAAAACUUGCUGUGCCCAAUCACUUAAUCUGGCUGAUCUUUUUCUAUUGGUUUUUCCACUCCUCCUUGAACUUCAUAGCUGAGCUCAUGCAGUUUGGAGACAGGGAGUUCUACAGAGACUGGUGGAACUCUGAGACCGUCACAUACUUCUGGCAGAACUGGAACAUCCCGGUACACAAGUGGUGCCUCCGCCAUUUUUACAAGCCAAUGCUGAAGAGAGGAGUUAGCAAGUGGGUGGGGCAGACAGCUGUGUUCCUGGCCUCAGCCUUUUUUCAUGAGUACCUGGUCAGCGUUCCAUUGAAGAUGUUACGGCCAUGGGCAUUCAUGGGCAUGAUGGCUCAGCUUCCUCUGGCCUGGUUCGUGGGCCGAUUUCUCAGGGGUAACUACGGCAACGCAGCAGUGUGGAUCUCGCUCAUCAUUGGCCAGCCCAUUGCAGUGCUGAUGUAUGUCCACGACUACUACAUUCUCCACUUCGAGGGGGAGCUGCCAAGCUGACCAAGGGUAGCCUAAAUGACUCAGCCAAACGAUAACAGAAAACAGCUCCGUCAUUUUAACAAGGGAAAGAAUGGUACAAAGUCAUGGUUUAAAUGAGAUUUACUUUCUAUAAAAUAAAAAAAACUUUGAAUUAUUUUUUUUAAUGCUACAAUAGGUUAUGGUUAUGGUGUACCCUUCAGAAAUAAGCCAUCCAGAGAAAGGAUACAGUAUAUACAGGAUCUGAAAUGGUCACAUCAACCUCAUCUUUGCUUAAGCAUUUCACUUAACUUCAAUUUUGGCCAACCAAAGUAAGACUUAAUAUUUACAUUUGCCUUAUUCAUUCAACUAACUCUCUUGUAGCUUUACUU